CGUCUCACCCAAGCUCCCUGCACCCACUGACCAAGUCGCACAACCCAAUAUGGACAGACCCCGACGACGAAACACUAAGAAUAUCAAUCGCAUCAGAUAAAAGACUGAGAAAACUCCGAGAGGACGCAAGUGAGGAUGUAAUCCUAGGGAACGAGUACGAGAAAAGGCUCCGGAAGCAGCUAGAAACAAUCGUACCUGUUCCGAAAUGGGCAGUCAGUGCACGGCGGAAAAGGCGACGAGAGGAGAUGGAAGAGCCUGAUGAUCAUCGAGUCGUUAUUGACAAUUUAGUCAACUCGACUGCCGGUAUCAUUGAUACUGCCAGAUCUGACUUACCCAAAGGUACCAUCGAUAUCGAACGCUUACGAGAUGCAAACCAAAGUAGCAAGACAGAAGGGGACGUCAAGGCUAUCAUGUUUCAUCCAUCUCCAGUUGUGUCGGUUAUGCUGGCCGCAGGCGGAGAUAGAAGGCUCAAACUAUUUACCAUUGACGGACAUACGAAUCCACUCUUACAAACGGUUCAUAUUCCCUCCCUUCCCAUCUCCUCUGCCAUCUACCAUCCCUCCGGCUCUCAUAUCGUACUGACAGGCCAGCGACCGUUUUUCUUCAAGUAUGACCUACAAUCUGGAGCUUGCAUCAAAUCGCCCCGGGGAUUCUGGGGUAGUUUUGUCAACCACCCAGAUAAC